AGGCAGGGAAAGGGGAGAAAUUACAUUUUUCCUGUCUAUUUGCCUGUGUGUGGGGUGUGUGUGUGUGUGUGCUGUGUGCGUCUCUCUUUAAAAAAAGUAGCUGUUAUUUGUUGUCUGAUUGUCCCCCUGGCGAAGCGGUGCCCUGUUUUCCUUUCCCCCUGUUGUCUGUUUUUAUUCUUUUCCCUCUGGCUUAGAUGUGUCAAUCACUCGCUGCUUGCCAUUGGUUGGCGAACCAGCGUCAAAAAAGUUGCCCGAGCGGCGCUCUCGCAGCAAACCAACCCGGGAGAGGGAGCGAGAGCCCUUCCGCCUUCGCCACCAUUAUUCAAAAGUCAAAUCUCGCUCCAGAGCAAUCUGCUACGGCGGCGCCCCUCCACUGACCAAAGGGGGGGGGGGUGUUUGUGGGGCUGCCUAGAUUUUUUUUUAAACACACACACACACACAUACACACAUACAUAUAUAUAUUCUUUCACAAUCAGGAGAAAACUCUCUGGCUUGGGAACCUGACCAGGAUAACUCGGCCGGGUUGUUUUUUCCCCCCACGAUUUUUUUCCCCCGCAACGUGCAGAUUUUCUCCAAGCUUUAAGACGCCAGAUCUCCAGGCUUCCCGUCCCGACGCCGCCGUCGACGCCACCCCGAGCUCCUGAAGCAGAGAGAGAAUAAGGGGGAGCGCAAGACCCCCCGCCCUCUUCUCGCCCCCACCCGGAAUUUUGGCCAUCUUUCCUCCACUCCACCCCAACUUUAGCAUGAUGUCUUAUCUUAAGCAACCACCUUACGCAGUCAACGGACUGAGUCUCACCACCUCCGGGAUGGAUCUGCUCCAUCCGUCUGUCGGGUAUCCAGCCACCCCUCGGAAGCAGCGGAGGGAGCGCACCACCUUCACCCGGGCGCAGCUGGACGUGCUGGAGGCCCUCUUCGCCAAGACCCGCUACCCGGACAUCUUCAUGAGGGAGGAGGUGGCGCUGAAGAUCAACCUCCCGGAGUCCAGAGUGCAGGUGUGGUUCAAAAACCGUCGGGCCAAGUGUCGCCAGCAGCAGCAACAGCAGCAAAAUGGUGGUCAGAACAAAGUGAGGCCUGCAAAGAAGAAAAGUUCUCCAGCACGAGAAGUGAGUUCAGAGAGUGGGACAAGUGGACAAUUCACACCCCCGUCCAGCACCUCAGUCCCAGCCAUUUCCAGCAGCAGUGCUCCAGUGUCCAUCUGGAGUCCAGCCUCGAUCUCCCCACUUUCAGACCCCUUGUCCACUUCUUCUUCAUGCAUGCAGAGGUCCUACCCUAUGACCUACACUCAGGCUUCUGGCUACAGCCAAGGAUAUGCUGGCUCAACCUCCUAUUUUGGCGGGAUGGACUGUGGAUCUUAUCUGACCCCUAUGCACCACCAGCUACCAGGACCAGGGGCUGCUCUGAGCCCCAUGGGUACCAAUGCUGUCGCCAGCCAUCUCAACCAGUCUCCAGCUUCACUCUCCACCCAGGGCUAUGGAGCUUCAAGUUUGGGGUUUAAUUCAACUACUGAUUGCUUGGAUUAUAAGGACCAAACCGCCUCCUGGAAGUUAAACUUCAAUGCUGAUUGCUUGGAUUAUAAAGACCAGACAUCUUCAUGGAAGUUCCAGGUUUUGUGAAGACCUCUUAGGAACCCUUUGUGAUAAUGAAAAUAAUAAAUGAUCAUGAUGAUGUUGUUCAGACACACAGGACGCUACCCAUGGCGGGUUGAACAUUCCAGUUUGUAGUCAGGUCUUUGGUUUAAAUUAAAGAAAAAUGCAGACAGUACACAAGAAGCAAACCACUAAGACAAGAAAGACAGUAAACAUGAUCAUUCUCCCAAUUUCAUCUUUCGCUCAGAAGCUCUGGAAAGGAAGACGGAAUGAAGGACAUCUUAUGUGGACAGAGAGCAGAAUCACAGACCGCUCUGUUCUUCAUAGUUUUAGCCAAUUGUUGGAUUUCUUUGGAUGGAAUGAAAGAUCAUUCUAAUGAUGGGCCAGGUUUUCUGUGUAGGGGUGGGUGGACUUCUUUUUUGAAAAAAAAAUUGUCUAGAUUUUUGCUCCAGCCCCCUCUUUUUGUGUGCAUAUGGAAAGAAUAAUCCCCCCCCCCGAAACCCCAUUCCCCAUCCCCAGUUUGUCAUCCAACCCUUGGUUAAAAUAUUUUUUUUUCCAAUGGACAAUGUCUAUAUAUAUAUCUCAAGCUCCUUCAAUUGCUUCAGAGCCAACAUUUGGCAAAGUUGGCUACAGGAGAGGGGGGAAAAGAACUCAGUUCAGAGCUAUGUGGUUUGUGGGACUGAUUGUCUUAGCUGCACUACUUUAUUUAAGAGGAAAAAAAGAAUAAUGUCCAUAAGGAGUCAAUAUGUAGUUUUUAAGAGACAAUCAGUGUGUGUCUUAUAUAAAUGGUACAUCUGUGGUUUUUAAUCUGUGCUAGACUUUAAAACUGUGAUCUCCUGUAUUGUAUGCAACUCUGGACCCCACACCAGCAGGGGGUUCUGCUGUGAUUUUAAAUAGGUUAUAAUUAACAGUGAAAUUUGAGCAACUGAGUUACAUAUUACCAUCUCUCUCUCUCUCUUUCUCUUUCUCUCUCUCUUUGAAAAAAAAAAGCCUUUCACUAGAGGUAAACUGCACUGAAAAACUUUUUACAACAAACUGUCUCUGAAAGAAUGAACCACCAAAAAAAGGAAAAAAAAAUAGAUAGAUAAACAAGGACUUUAAAGCUCAUCUGUAACAAUAGCUUACUGUUGGGAAAGCUAGCAGUGAGGGGAUAAAAAUAUUUAAGACAUUGGUCAAUUGCUCUGACCUUGAAUUUCCAAAAGGAGAAAUUCCUGGAUGUUUUUAUGCUUGCAGAUGUGAAAACUGGAGAAAAACAAAGAGAUAUAUAUGCAUAAACAUUUUCUUUUCUGGAUUUGGCAGAUAUGUAUAAUUAUAUUAAAAUGGUUCUAGCACAA